CCAGCCAAAAAACUCACAAAAUUUCCCUCCCAUUUGCCGUUUGGUGAGGAAAAUCAAGAAUACUCCUAAUACUUAAGGUUUGGAUGUAAGCAGUUCUCUCUCUAAGUAGAAAUAGAGUUGAAAAAAUGGGUAAGCAGCAGAAGAGAGACAGAAGCAAUCUCAUUGUUUUGACGGGAGCCGCUGCUCUUCUCGCUAUUGCUGUCAACUUUGCUAUCUCCGCCAUCAACAGCAAGCAUCGCAAGAAAAAAGAGAUUCCAGGUUCAAAUGUUCGAGUGAAUUUAACUGCUUCUGAAAUUCUGAAAUUAGCGGAAAGCAUAAUUAAGAAAUCGAAGCAAGUUCAUGAUGCUGUUGCUUCAGUUCCACUUGACAAGGUUGCCUAUGUAAAUGUGAUAUUGCCAUUAGCAGAUUUAGAGGCACAGCAGUUCCCCUUAAUACAGUCAUGUGUUUUUCCUAAAUGGUUAUCAGCUUCAGAGGAUGUACGCAAAGCUAGUGCUGAAGCAGAGAGAAAAAUAGAUGCUCACAUUUCAAUGUGCAGGAAGCGUGAGGACAUAUACAGAGUUGUCAAAGCUUUAACAGUAACAGGGGAUGGAUUGAGUACUGAUGCUAAAAACUUUACCCACUUCCUGGUUCGAGAAUUUGAAAGGAAUGGCGUGAAUCUGACCUUAUCUAAGAAAGAGGAGUUGCAGCGUUUAACUGCAAAUAUUGAUGAGCUAAGCAUGCAAUACAUUCAUAAUUUGGAUGAUGAUUGUAGUUUUCUACUUUUCACUGACAUGGAGCUAGAAGGGUUGCCCCCUGAGUUUCUCAAGUUGCAGGGAAAUCGACUCAUAUUGGGAUGUGGAAAUUUUAUGCUCAGACAAAAAUUGAUUAUGAAGCUCCUGUCUAUUACCAUCUCCAAAAAAAAAAAAAAAAGAAAAGGAAAAAGAAAAAAAGAAAAGAUAAUCAAUGGCAUCAUGUAGUAGUAUAUAUGUAUAGGUUGACCAUGGCAUGCUUGAGGAAGUGUAGGGGCAGGCCAAAGAAGUAUUGGGGAGAGGUGAUUAGGCAUGACAUGUUAUUGCUUCAACUUACCGAGGACAUGACUCACGAUAGGAAGGUGUGGAGGUCGAGGAUUAAGGUGGUAGGUUGACAGAUAGUUGUGAGUUUCUCCUAGGUUUACCAGUAGUACUAGUACUAUUCUUGUAUUCUCUUAUUUGUGGUUCUUUAUUACUUGUUAUAUCAUUCGCUCCCAUUACCAUAUUACAUUACUGCUGCUGUUGUUUGUUGCUUUAUUCUUAUUGUUCCUUAAGCCGAGGGUUUAUCAGAAACAACCUCUUUGCCUUUAUAGGGUAGGGGUAAGG